AAAAGUUCACUUGGUUUACAAAUCAAUAAAAAUUACUGCACAUUAAUUACAGCAGCAGUACACAGUGGAUUGGUUGUACGCUAUUUAAUGACAGCACAUAAUAUGUCGUUAUCAGGCUUUAUCUGUGAUAACACACUAAAGGUCGUUAUCUGGUUUUAUCUGUGAUAACAAACCAAAAGUCGUUUUCAGACUUUAUCUGUGAUAACAAACCAAAGGUCAUUAUCAUUUAUGUAUUUGUGAUAACAAACCAAAAGUCGUAAUCAGGCUUUAUCUGUGAUAACAAACCAAAAGUCGUUAUCAGGCUUUAUCUGGGAUAACACACCAACGGUCGUUAUCGGGCUUUAUAUGUCAUAAGACACCAACGGUCGUUAUCAAGCUUUAUCUAUGAUAACAAACCAUAGGGCGUCAUUGGGCUUUAUCUGUGAUAACAAACUAAAGGUCGUUAUCAGGUUUUAUAUGUGAUAACAAACCAAAAGUCGUUAUCAGGCUUUAUGUAUGAUAACAAACUAAAGGUCAUUAUCAGGCUUCAUCUGUGAUAACACACCAACGGUCGUUAUCGGGCUUUAUCUGUGAUAACACACCAACGGUCGUUAUCAAGCUUUAUCUGUGAUAACACACUAAAGGUCGUUAUCGGGCUUUAUCUGUGAUAACAAACCAAAAAUCGUUAUCAGGCUGUAUCUAUGAUAACAAACCAAAGGGCGUCAUUAGGCUUUAUCUGUGAUAACAAACUAAAGGUCGUUAUCAGGCUUUAUCUGUGAUAACAAACCAAAAGUCAGUAUUAGAUUUCUUUCGGACCAACUAGCUUUGCAUUGGAGGUCAGCAUGAAGCAUAUUAUUCAAAUUUGUUAUUGAUGUACCGUAAGAUAAUCCGUUCAUUAGGACCUACCUUACUAUAUAUCGACAACACAGUCCAAUAUAUCUACGUUAGACGUCGUCAAACAUGUAUGAAAGGUCAUGGUUCCAUUGGCGACAGAUUGAACAUAACUGGAUGUGGUCAAUAAAAUAUUUACAUACCAAUUGAAUGAAGUCAUAUUAUUCGCACUCUGUCCUCAACACUCUGUGCCAACCACCCACAUCCUGCAGAAGCAGGUAAGACGCCAGGUAUGCAAUCUUGUGCGGGUCUUACCAGAAUGAGCGCGACCACCUUGUGCGCAGCUGUGUUCAUUGCCGUCAUGGCAACUUGUGUGAUCUGCCAGCAUCCACCUGAACUGACCCGCUUGGAUGUUUUCGUUCGGGCCACUCUGAGUGAUGACAAACAGACGUGUUACCUAGCUGAUGGGACACCGCACGCCCGUCAUCUCCAGUUCUCAAUCCCCGAUAUACAGCCCUGUGUGUUCCUCAAGUGUACCAUCCGGGGACUGCAGGUGUUCUGGAGACACAGCGGUUGUGAGUAUGAAGGGGCGUGUGUGCCCCGGCAGGGUGUGGUGACUGUUGGGUGCCGGCGGUAUACGUGUUCCUUAUACAACUACAAGAAACCCAACGGGACAAGAGUAGUGACGUCAUUCUCACCACAACCACACGAGGCCUGCCCUGACGGAGACGUGUGUCGCGACCUGGGAUACGAGAGACGGGUAGAUCCCUGUACCACCCUAAAGUGCAAGGUACCCGGGGAACCACUCGAGGAAAUCAAACAGGAGGCCUGCCCUGACGGAGAGGUGUGUCGCGACCUGGGAUACGAGAGACGGGUAGAUCCCUGUACCACCCUAAAGUGCAAGGUCCCCGGGGAACCACUCGAGGAAAUCAAACAAGAUUGCCAAGCGAUUGUACCUGUUUGCGAUUGCAAAACCGAGGACGGGACGUGCUAUGCCAAGGGAGACAACUAUAACAAUGACUGCGGAACUGCUGUGUGUACCGAUAUCGGCGGUGGCAAACACGCUUUCAAACCAGGGCCGAGCGUGAGCUUGCAAGACUGCACGACUCCGGAGGGCGUGUGUAUACGCAGCUUCAGAGCGGCCCACCUGAACGUCCACACCUGCAAGAAGUACAUGUGUAUCCGAGGUUCCGUCCUGCCACCACAAACCUUGUGCUACAAGGAUGGCCGGUGUCAGGCUGGUGUGCGACAUGAGGUUAUCAAUGGACAACCUUGUUCGUGUAGAGUCAACAUCCGCAGCGGCCGGGAGGAAUGGGGGUGUGGACUGUUUAAAUAGUCAUUUUGCUUGACAGUCAGACAGGGAUCACAGUUGAAGUACAACUCUAAAGUACUCAUAUAGCUUUAAUUGAAACGAAAGCUGUGAUGUCCUGCUGUAAUACAACGGAAGAAAAUACCUGUUUACUUUAUACCGUCUGACUGUUUUAUCGUUUUCUCCCUUUCUUCCGCUAUGUUUCGUUGCCGGAGCAUUAUUCAUAAAUAAGUCAAGAUUACUUCAUGAAACAAUGUGUAUCAAGCAAGAGCUAAACAUAUUCCUUUUGCUAAUCAGGAGUUUUGGAAACUGUUACCAUUUUAUUUUCAAUAAAAAGAAUGUAUGUUUAAA